AUGAAAAUUCCAAAUGCAUCCCCUUCUGGUAUCAUUGUGAAUUUCGAAACUCGUUGUUCGAGAUAUUUCCAUCCCAGAGUUCUGGAAUACGUUUUGAGGAAUGAAGCCCUCAGUCUAGCUAGGAACAACGUUAGUACUAGUGGACUUAAUGUGAAAUCGCAGUGCUUGAAAGAUAAAUUAAUGCAGUUAUCAUCUUCCAUAUUAAGUUGUGCAUCAUGUCUACAAUCCUCGACGGUUGCUAGGAUAUUCCAUGCGUUUUCUAAGCUGGAAUUUUCCCAGAAGGAACUCUACGAAGAAUUGUCUGAGCAUUUCGAUUUUGAGUCGGCGAAUGCCAAGACAUUAUCUAUAGUUUUGAAGUCAUUUGCAAACCAUCCAGAAUCCUUGAAACAUGUUAAAGAUGGGUUUUUAAUGAAUAUAUGCAAUAAUAUAGUUGCAACAAUAUCUACCGCAGUAUCGUAUGAUCUCACUAUCUAUGCUACAUCAAUUCCAAAACUGAUUUAUCAGAAAGAAUGCUCUAAAAUAAUGGAUGAAUUACCUAAUAAGAAGUUUUAUGCAAAGCGUUUAAUCUCUUCUCUGAGAGCUGUCUAUGAAAAUGUUUUGGAAAGGGUAACGGAAAUAAUAGAUGCAGAUCAAAACAGCUUUAAGUCAUUUGAAUUGGCUCUUGUACUGGAAUCUAUAUAUUAUAUGGGUUAUUGUAAUAUAUCUGUAAAAAAGGCGCUGAUAGAUAACUUUAAAUCGAUAAUUUCCAGCUCUCCAAAUGCAAUAAGUGAGACGUCAAAGUUAUUAUCGUUAAUACCAUCCCCGACAUAUGUAAAAGAAAACAUUUCCAGCCGCCAACUACAAUAUGAAGUUACAAGAUUGGAUAAAAAUCUAGCAGAAUGGAUUAUAUUGUAUCUGAAACCUCAUCUGAGUGAUCUUACAUGCUCAGAAUUAGUGUUUAUCGCAUCUGCAUGUAAUAGACUUCGCUUAUGGUCUCCGGAUGAUUUUGCCAUAAAGUUUGCCAUAUCAUGUCAUGAACUACUUGAUGAAAAGCUUAAGCCACACACUCUGUCACAAUUACUCUGUUAUUUCCUCAGAAGAUAUGAAACAUCUGUAAACCGCGAAGUUUCCUACCAAAAAAAUCAGAGCGAUUUGGGGAGCCUACUUUCCCUCUCUAGGGUCUCUCAACUAUGUGCGAAUAUUGGCGAAGCGCUAUACAAACAUGCACAGAAUGAAUUUUCAGAUGAGGAAAUAAAGAUCAUUGACAAAAUAGUUAAAAUUGCAAGUCUCGCUAGAGCAAAGCGGUCAUUUACUUCACUAAGGCUUUACACUAAUUAG